AUGCCCAACGUAUGCGCCCACUGUCAGGGGCCAGCGACAAGACUAUGCAAGGGCUGUACCGCUUCCCCCACUUGGUACUGCUCAACGAAAUGUCAGAAGGUCCACUGGCCAGAGCACCGCUUUCAAUGUGCUUCGUCGCGCGAACUAACGACCGCCGACCAUCUUGUGCGAGCCAUAUAUCGCAGACGUGCUCCGGAGGACGACGACACUUUGGCACAAUACGGGUUCUCGCGCUUAUGGAGGCGACAGGGAAAAGACCUUUUCGAGCUGUACAUCAGCGUGAUCGCAGAUCUUGGCGUCUCCGCGAGGAAACUCCAUCAGUGGAGAGUGUCUGGCCGACUCCUCGACGAGCUUACAAGCGUGCUAGAGCGCCACCCCGGUGCACAUCAACGCUACCUCCGAUCCUGGCUUUCGCAGAACCCUUGGAUUCUCGACAGAAACCUCGCCGUUCCCCCAGAGAUCAUCCAUGCGCUCAAACUUCCCGCCAUGCUCUACGCAGGGCUCCCCGCGUGGUAUACCGACGAGCAUAUCAUAAACGACCGCAUGCCAUUGUUCUGGUCGCAGUGUUUCAGCCUCUGCGUCGAGCUGUUGCCCGACAUCGACACCGUCUACAAGAAUCAUAGCGAAUGGGUUGUGUUCGGCUUCUGCACUUGCUACGAUGCCCAGGAGGAGGUGCGACUGCGCGAGACGUACGGGCAACUUUUGGACAGCUGCACAUUCGACGAAUUGUACGCCGCACACAGGACUGCAUCCAUGGUGAUGUUGUUCGAUGCCAAGGGUCUAGGAGCCUCGCUGCGGGAGUUCCCGAACCUAGUUGACAUGCUCAGUUCAUCCCCCUUCAAUAUUCGCCUCGUCUACUUCCUCAAGCAAUACGUGCUCUGCGAGAACGUCGAGCUGUUUCCGGUCAUGGCUGCCAGCUUCGGCUUCAAUUCUUGUCAUAACGACGAGGAGAUUGCUACGCUCAAAGACGCGUACAAGCGAGUGUUCGUCGAGAUGCGCGUCGAUCCGUUGAUCCUGCACGAAGCAGCUACCCAAGGCAUGCUCUUCGAGGUGGUCGUCGGAUCACUUGGUUCCAGCGAUGCCGACAACUUCGAACUGUAUCACAGGGCGCUGAAGGAGGGGUGUCCUAGUUCUGUUCCCGACGAUUGUCUUAGUGUCCGCUACGCGGGGUGUUCAGACGCAUGCACAACGCCCGAGGCCAAAUGA